AUGGUGACAUUACUGUGCAUUCUCCUUUUUUACAUUACUAUCGAAUUACUUUUAGUUAAUGGAUUUAUUAGCACCAACAGCGCUCAUCCGAUUUGUGAAAAUGGGGAUGAAGAUAUACCAGGGCCAUUGAAUGCCAAUCCUGGACACGAAAAAAAUGAUGUAUUGAAAGGAUCAGGCGCCUCGCGCAAACGCCAGAAUGCGGCUCCUGUGAGCCCCUUACCGAAAAGGGGAAAGUUGAAUGAUGCAGAAGAAACGCGUCUUUCGAAUGAUACGAGAGCUCUGAGUGUAAACGACAAAAUUGAGAAGAAGGACAAUGUGGCAGCUGGAGAUCGCCCUUGUGUUGUGCGUUUCCACUUACCAUGUGAAAAUGGUAGCCGAACCCAAACUGCUGAAUUCACACUGACAACUAAACUCUCUGAGCUUUUCUCGUACAUCAGUGCGGACGGUUUCGACCCUGUUGUUCACUUAUUCAUUCUUUCGUAUCCACGCCGUGUUUACUCGAUCGAGGAUGAGGAGAAGACACUGGAAGAGCUUGGUUUCACGAAGUCGGAAGUUGUCCAUGUGGAUCGGAUCUGCUGA